CUUGCGGCGCAGUCGUUCGCGAGGCGAGAAGAAGAAAACAUCGAUUUUCACGCAGAGUCCUGCAAAAGCAAAAAGCAUUGACAUCUGACUCUCUGAGUAGCCUUUGCCCCGCUGCCCUACAAGCUCUGAUUCUGCAAUCUGCAAACAUGGAAGGAAUAUAACCGCACCUUGAAUCCUUUGCUGCUUUUGUGCUGUCCUUGCUGGCUCAACUGUCAUGCCGGGACCCUAUGUACCACCAGGUCAAUCGCCGCCAUUCCAGGUGGUAGAUGACCUCCACCACGGAGCAUGGGUUAUUAUCGUCACUGCUUUGGGGCUCGUUAUGUCGCUGACCAGCUUCUUGAUUCGGCUUUACGUGCGGCUGGCUCUUAACCCUUCGUUUGGGCAUGAUGACUAUGUCUUCCUGGGGGCAAUGGUCACCGCCGUCAUCCAAGCAUCAUUAUUGUUCGAGGCGUGUUCGAAAGGGUUGGGAACGUCGAUCGAUUUACUUGAGCAGAGCAAAGUAAACAGCGUCCAAAAUCUCUUGGUCGCAAGUGACAUCUUCUAUCUCAUCACCCUAUACACUACCAAAUGUUGCGUCGUGGGAAUCUAUCUUCGCCUUACCCCCAAGAAACUACACAACCAAGCAUCCUGGGGGACCUUAAUUCUCUGCACCCUCUGGGUGAUACCAGCGAUCUUCAUUCUCGCAGUGAAUUGCGGCUUGAAUCAGCCCUGGACAACCUCUGGAGGACAAUGCGAGAACCUUCUAUCACGAUGGCAAUUCAUCGUCGCCCUAGACAUCACUACUGAAGUGAUCCUCUUCAGCCUUUCCCUCUUUCUCCUCUCCGGCGUCAUGAUAUCCAUGAAGCGCAAAUUAACGAUCGCCUUCGCCUUCGCUUUUCGGCUUCCAACAAUUAUCUUCGCCGUCCUCCACAUCUACUAUAUCCAAAAAAACAUGGGCUCGGGCGACCCAACCCUCGACCCCGUCAUCCCCCUAAUAUGGGCCCAGGUAGAACUCCACUACGCCCUAAUCGCAUGCAGCAUCUUCUGCAUGCGGCCGUUCAUGACAGCCGUAAGCACGAAUUACGGAACCGCAGGCGACUCCACACUGGAAAGCAGCAGCCGGGAAGCGUCGAAGUACUAUAAUAAAUCGUCGGCGUCAAAGUCCGGUGGGUCAAGGGCUAGAGGGGCAAGGUUGAUUGGGAACGAGACGGUGACGUCUGGGUUUGGGGGGUUGCUUAGUACUGUUAGCGCCAGCCGUAGUAGUGGUGUAAAGGGAAUGGGGACACAGGCGGGGAGUGUACCGUCUCGUGGGACAGAUGAGAUUGAGCUUGUGGAUCAAAGGAGUAUGGGGAGUGAUGGGAGCGCGAAGAUGAUUAUCCGGAAGGAUGUGCAGUAUACAGUUGAGUAUGAUGGGUUAGAAUCACCGGGUGCCAGCUCGCAUAAUGAGCCGGGUUACUGGGAUCGACAUCGAAAUUGAGACGGAAAUUGGUGCCCUGGAUUAUAGAGUUAUAGAGUAAUGCUGAUUAUGUAUACGAGAACAGCCUAAAUGAAAGAUAAUUUUCCUAGAGAACCCAGCACUCCUUGGUCCACACAUAACGCCUGUUCACAACAUAAGAUCGCUAUAUAUAUAUAUAUAUAAAGGCCAUUUUUAUGACGGGCGCUUAAAAGGGUGUGCUUCCGUAUUUCUAUAUAUUG